UCAGAAUAUAAAUUGCACUCGAAAUGUAUAACACUUAACGUUUCCAAAGUGCGAGUCUGAAGAAGUUUCUCUUCGAGACUCAUAUUAUUAGACGCAUAGACCGUUGCUCUCGCCUUAAGCGUCGCAAAUCAAACCAAAAAUGCCUGGACCUUCUCCAAAUGCAUCCAGAAUUUCCCAGACUCCCGUAAGAUGUCGCCCGAGGGAGCCAUCUCGACGUACAAGAUGGAAAACAACUGGGAUAAAAUCAAUAUGUUCCAUCCUUUGCCCUCUUCAAGCUCUCCCAUAAGCCCGUCUCAUUGAAAUCUGGCCGAAGCACAGCAUCUCUAGUUGGGCUGUUCCAUAGUAUUUUUAAUCCAAAACUAGUGUAAUGACAGUAAUUUUAAAAUUACGUAGUUCGGACGAUUGAAGACCGAGCCAGUUCGUUUGUUUUCACACGCGUUACGUUCUCCUGGAUGACGUUUUGAGUGAAAAGUGCGUUCGAGUGUGGAUCGACGUGAUCUAAAGGAGUGGACGCUUUCGAAAAACAUAUGCGGUCCAAUUUGUGAGGUGGUUUUUUUUUUAGUUUUUCCAAUGUUUUCCGCUUCAUCGCAGCUUACGAAAAACAUCAAUCGCGCUCAAAACGUGGGACGUUCGUAUUUGCGGGGUACAUCUCCACAAUCGAUUUCCCUAUCAAAAAGAAUCCAGUGAAAAUGUAGGAAAAACUCUGACACGCCGAUAUCAAUAAAGGCAUUUGUUAGAAUGUUAUCAGAAAUAAGUGUGUGCACUUAGUGGAACGUUUAAGAUGGCAAUCUAACGCUUUGAAAAUGGCUAGAACGUCUCUUCUCUUCGUUGUGUUGCACCUGCUGUCCCUGAGGACCGUGCAGUGUGGCUGCGAGUACCGGGAGGGUGACUCAGAUUACGCGUGCAGUCUCAGAAUCUUCAAGAGGCCGGAUUCGACCUCCGAAGACGACGGCCACGUUAGGUUUAAGAGGAAGGCUUCUAAUCGCGGCAUAUCUGAUGUGUGGAGGAUGUUGAACGCAGAGAUGGUCAAGGAGGAACCUUUACAUGCGAAUUCGACGCCCAGGUUGAGCUAUAACGCAUCCUCGUCGCCGGUUCAUAAGGGGGGCCCCUUGUAUGGGGACCUCGCCACGAGCAGGGGAGACGAUGACAGGAGGAAGAGUUCGGGAGACAAGUUGAGCACGGUGCGCAGAUAUGGCACCCGCCAGGGAUUUUAUCCGGAUUCUAAUACGGAUUGUAAUUUCGAGGAGGAUUGCUCUUGGACCUGGAGGAAGGAUAUUGACCACGGUUUCUUCAUAGCCACGGCCAGGGGUUAUGCGCCGGGAAGUAGUGGGCCAAGGAGUGACGCCAAUGGCAGGGAUGGAGGUAGUUUCUUGCUACUUAGAGCGCCACGUGCAGAAACAGAGUAUCACCUAACCAGUCCCCUGUUCAAUUCUACGAAACCCACCUGUAAAUUGCAAGUGUGGAUUUAUCAAGAACAUAUGGAAAAAUCGGAAAUCAGGGUGGUCAUAGAUAAAUUGACCAAUUAUCCUCAAUCUCUUAACAAUCACACCCAGUGGGUGCUGGAUCACAUUCAUGGAACCAACGACAGAAGGUGGAUAAAUUACACGAGAUCCAUCGGGAAAGUAUCAGAAAACUUCAGGAUACUGCUAGAGGUGGUGGCCGCCAAAAACCAAAGUAGCAACGCCUCGUUGGCUUUCGACAAUGUGGCAUUAAUCAAGUGUUACCCUGAAGAUGAUGACACGUGUUCAGCUCCUCACCAGUUCCGGUGUAAAUCGUAUCCUCCUUGCAUCAACAACACCAAGAUUUGCGAUAUCACUGAAGACUGUGAGGAUGGAGAAGAUGAAAGACAAAACUGCGAUCAAAUGCCAUACGGGUCAAGGUGUUCCUUCGAGGACAAUAUGUGUGGUUGGUACAACUACAAUCAGGCCUUCAAAUGGGAAAGAGGCAAUGGAUCGACGCCUACAAACUUCACAGGGCCUUCAUGCGAUCAUACGUACAUGAAUGUAACCGGAAAAUAUGUAUUCGUCAACAUGCUUAAGGAAAAUGUUGGUUUCGCCAGUUCGGCCAAAUUGAGAAGCAUCAUAUUUAAUCCACCCCCGAUGGUGCAUGGAAACAUAUCCUCACAAUACUACAAUUCCUGCUCGAUUCGUUUUUAUUUGCAUCAGACGGGCAAGCACAAGAGUGGAUUACUAGUUCAGGUGACGGAACUCAGACCAAAUGAUAACUAUUCGAUAGACCUGACUUGGAGCUACAAUGAUUAUGGUGAUAGAUGGGUCAGGCAAUCUUUCAUUCUACCAAAUCUCACACAUAGGUAUUACUUGAGCUUCGAAGGUAAAAGAGGACUUCGGUAUAUCAGCGAUAUUGCAAUAGACGAUGUUUCUCUGAGUCCAGAGUGCUUUGGAUUGAACAUACCUGUGACAGAACUGAAGGGUUACAACUACUACGACCCGAUGGGCAACCACUUGAUUGGACGUGAGACUCAUAAGAACUUCCAGAAUAAAACAUAUUAUAAAAUAACCACCUGUGGUGCUACAGGCAGGUUUGGCCCAACUCCAGGAGACUGUACAAGGGCUUAUAAUAAAACUAAGGUUAAGGUCACAGUGCUUUACGAAUCCAGUUUGGGUGGUAUGCAGAAAUGGGUUGUGCCCCAGGAUAAUUAUUAUACCCUUCUUGUCUUUGGUGCUAGUGGCGGUAAGGGAAGCAGUGCCAUUGGAUCUUCGAGAGGUUCUAUGGUUCGAACAGUUGUGCACUUGAAGAAAAAGCAAGAGAUAAUCUUCCUUGUGGGACAGGAAGGAUCUAGCGCCUGCGAAAAGAUGUUGCACUAUCACAAUAAAACCCCUUGUUGGUCUGGGAAUCAGAAUUUAUCUAAGAGUAACGGGGAAAGUAUCAGGAUGAUGCUCAAUAUUACCAUAAAUGAUAGUGGUGGUGGUGGCGGAGGAGCAACUUUUGUUUUUGUGCGAAAUGGAACCAAGCACCAUAUACCUAUCGCAGUCGCAGCAGGAGGUGGUGGACUAGGGCUAGGAAGAUUCAUAGACAAUGGAAACCUACAUGGCCAGGCUAUCAAUAUUUCGAAGGAUCCUGUGCCUGGAAGAAUGUUUGGAAAAGAGUCAUCUGGGGCCGGAGGUGGAUGGCGAGGCGAAUUUGGUCUGGAAGUGCCGGUUAUGGGUAAAUCCCUGCUAGAGGGUGGAUUGGGAGGAAGAGCUUGCUACAACUCAACAGAUCACAGGGGCGAUGGUGGUUUUGGUGGUGGAGGUGGUGGAUGCCGUAACGGAGGAGGAGGUGGCGGUUAUGCAGGUGGUGAUGCCCCUUCGAGCAAUUCGACUAAUGGAGGUGGAGGUUAUUCCUUCCUCGAUCCAGCAAGAUCCGUACCAAACCUCUCUGAUGCUCAAUCGGGCUACAACGCAGGUCCGGGUUACGUCAUAAUCAUUGGCGCCAUCUCUGGGUGCGACUGCGAUUUCAGAUGCGUGGCCUUGGAUGUUAAGAGGUCCCAGGUGGCAUGUAUAUGUCCAGAUGGAUGGAUUCUCGAUUCAGGCGGCAAACUUUGUGUCCGUAAGUUCACAGCUGGCAUUGAUGUUGAUUAUGUAGACGGAGAAAGUCCUAGCAUCUCUAGUGGUCAACUAGACGCAUCCUGGUUGGUCAACUUCUUAAUCAUACUGGUGAUUGUUUUGACCAUCAUAUUGGCUAUAUUUUGCUUCGUGUUGUACAACCGGUAUCAAAUCAGGGCGUCACGAGAGAAAUCCGGUGCAGACUUGCAGCUUAACAGGCUCAGGAUGGAGUCCGACGGAAUGACGACUGAGUACAAUCCCAAUUAUGAGUUUGGUGGUGUUGUUUACACUCUAAAGGAUCUGAAGGAUAUUCCAAGGGCACAAUUGAGACUCGUAAAGGCUUUGGGUCAAGGCGCUUUUGGAGAAGUUUAUCAAGGCUUCUACAGACAAAGACCUCGCGACACUGUUGAGAUGCCAGUUGCAGUGAAAACACUGCCAGAAAUGUCUACAGCCCAAUCGGAGAUGGACUUUCUGAUGGAAGCUUUGAUCAUGUCGAAAUUCAAGCAUGCCAACAUCGUCCAUUUUAUCGGAGUUUGCUUCGAUAAGCAUCCAAGAUUCAUCGUUCUGGAACUGCUGGCUGGCGGAGACCUUAAAAAUUUCCUAAGGCUUUCCAGACCACAGGAAGGAGAAAGAGCUACAAUAACAAUGAAGGACUUGAUACUGAUAGCAAUAGACGUUUGCAAAGGGUGCAAAUAUUUAGAGGAAAACAGAUUCAUUCAUAGGGAUAUAGCAGCCAGAAAUUGUCUAUUAACAACGAGAGGACCUGGUAGGGUAGUUAAGAUUGCUGAUUUCGGCAUGUCAAGAGAUGUAUACAGGCAAGAAUACUACAGAAAAGGAGGUAAGGCCAUGUUGCCAAUCAAGUGGAUGCCUCCUGAAGCCUUCUUUGACGGGAUUUUCACUAUCAAAACAGACGUAUGGUCUUAUGGAGUGCUGCUCUGGGAGAUCAUGUCUUUGGGUUUCAUGCCGUAUACAGGCUGCUCGAACACGGAGGUUAUGCAGUUGGUCACUAGUGGGGGAAGGCUGGGUCGUCCUACUAACUGCCCAGAUCCACUCUAUGCACUGAUGAAACAGUGCUGGCAUCCAACUCCAGAAAAGAGACUUUCAUUCUGCACAAUUGAAGAAAGGUUGGGCUAUUGCGUUCAAGAUCCAGAUGUCCUGAAUACUUCACUUCCAGUUUUUGUACGUCGAGACUCCGAGGAGAGGGACAGUACAGUUAUGAGACCUUUGAACUCAGAUGAUAACUGCUUACAGGUGAUUCUACAGUCUUCGGAUUACCUCAUACCCAACCAUACUACUACAGUUCCCAACCUCACUUUUUCUACAUCUUCUGUUGAAAAUCUACUUCCGGAAAAUUCAGACAGUUGGGAGACGUCUUUUAUUAUGCCGAAUUCUAAAUCUACCCAGCCUCUUUUAACCGAGAACGAACAGAAUAAGGACGAUAAUGGUUCCGAAUCUCUGGACCUCCUGCUGGCAAUCAACAAUAUACCAAACGCGAAAGUGUCUCCAGUCUCUUUGCCCAGCAGCAUACUCAGCAACCACAACAACAACGUCAAGAACGACGCUACUACCCUGAAAGCAGGAAUCUCUCUAGAUGCUGGCGCACUUAUCAAACAGUCUUCGCCCCAGGCAAAGUACGCCAACGUUGCUGCUGGAGCAGCUGUUACAGGAAAUGGGGUUGUGGCGAACGGUCCUAAUAUCACGAUAGCCAACAGUACGAACAAUACAAAGUCGCCCAGUGUUUUCAUUGAGAAAAAUGAAAAGAACUAAGCUAGAUGUGAUAACGUAAAUUUUAAUUGUUGAUUUUCGUUGGUCGAAGAGAUAUAAGCCGAAUUAAGAAGAGGUAGUUGGGAGGGUCAAUCUCCUCCCUGGAAAUGAUACUAGCAAUAGUCUUUCGUUUCGAUCUGUUCAUUUUUUUUUAGUUGGUUACAAAUAUGACGUUGGCUCUCUUCAAAAAUUUUAUUAUCUCUUCGAUACCAAGAUGGGCGUUGAUUGAAGAGAUGAAAAUAAGGUUGUAUUAAAUUCGAUUUUAUUGUUUUGCUCAAAUUGAGUUUUUAAGGUUGUGAUCUCUGUGUUACUAUGAUAUUUCACAGUAUUGUUUAAUUGAUGUACCUAGUACUUCACAGUACGAUAUCAAUCAUAUUAUUCUUAUAUUAUUAAGAAAAAUAUUGUCAGUUGUGGAUUAUUUGUUAAGUUGGUAGUAUUGAUAUUUAGAUCCUUUCAAUUCUUCCAGAUGUUAUGCUCAACUUAUUCUUACCAGAAUCAUCCUGGUAACUGUCUCUGGGAAGUACACAAAAAGAUAAAACAUAUAAUGAAUAACUUACUUCUGUUUCAUUCCUCAAAUAAAUCAUUAUUUGUUUUACAGAUUUCGGACUUUAGAAUAGAAUUUAAGGCGUAAUUAUGAUGUUAUGGCAUUUUAUUUUUUAACGAAAAGUGUUUUUUUUAAUUUGAGAGGGAAUACCUUGACGUUAAUUAAUUUGAGAAUCAAUUUUUGUUCUAUUAUAUAUUGAAUGGACUGUUUUUAAGAAAUUUUAUAUGUAUAGUGAGAGUAGGAUAGACGCUAAAAGUAUAGACAGCAAACAUACAUUUUAUAUUUCUGUAUUUUAUAAUUUUCAUAACAUCACUUACUCAUCAUUUCAUUCAUUCUCAGUCUUAAUUUUCAUACAAUUCAUUUAAAACAUUCGACUCAAUGAAAGGUUUCUAUUCGAUGUUUUUCCAAGUUUUGACGUCAUCUGCAAAAUGCAUCUGAUUUAUCGAUUUCAAAUCCUCGAAAAGUUCUUUAUUAUUUUAUAGCAAUAAUUGUUUUCUUAAUAUAUUUCAUAUAACAAUACUAUUUGAGAUGAUUCGAGUUCAAUGAAAUUAUGGUAAACAUCAUUAUUUGAAUAAUUGAAUUAAAUUAAUUUUGAUAGGAAUUUGGACAAUUUAUGACUCAUUGAAAUUUUUGAAUGGAUGAUAUAUUUGUAAAUUAAGACAACGAUGGCUGUGUACUCGACUCAUUUUCAAGUCUUGUUUAGAUCUUGAAAUGAUGAACAUAUCCAAGGGCUCAGUUCCUUGAUAGGAUUCAGUCAAAAUUGUUACCAGUAUAAUCAAAUUUCCAAUCGUAAAAAAGCUGAGCCACAUAUCAAAAUUUGAAAACUAUAUUGGAAAGAAUAAAAUCAAGAGUGAACUACAGAAAAUCUAUUGAAACAUUUUAACAUUAAAAUUUCGAGCACGUUUCAAUUUUUGUAAGUAUACAAAAAUUUUUUUCUCUUCGAGGUACAAGAUGGAUUUUGGAGGCGAUGGUAUAACUUGGGACACCUGUUAGUUUGUGCAAAAUGUUCUAUACUCCAAGAUAAGUGUAAAACGACAUGCUGUUUGUAAACAUUGUUUCAUGUUUCAAAAUUGGAGGUAUCCAUAUGAAAUGAUAUUCCAAAAAAGUAAAUUAGAGAUACAUGAAAAGUGGAUUCGAAAGACAUUGAAUAUACUCGAACUGGAAGAAAUUGUCUUAUAACUGUCAAUUUUGGAACAUCAGAUAGCUGUCGAAUCAUCGUUGUAAUUUUCAUUUGUGACUCAUUUCACCUACACAACAUACAUAAAAUCGAAAUGAAAUGAAAAGCUUUAGUAAAUUUAAGAAUUGUACAUAAUAUCCAUUAAUAUGUGUUGGGAAGAUAUACAACCAAGAAAUAGUUAUUUUGAAACCCUAAGCGUUGAAUGUGCAAGUUAGUUUAUUUCAAAUGUUAAAUAACAUGAGAUGUUUUAAUGAAAGUGACUAGUGAAAGAUGAAGAUCAGUAUGUGAUAAAUUGAAAAUUUGAAUUUUUUCUUGUGAUCAAUCGUGAACGUCCAUUUAAUUCAUUUGUUUUUCCUUGAAGUAAGGAGUAUUAAGUCAGGUUAUAAGGGUAAGUUAUCGAUAAGACUGGAAUUUGAUGUGGACGUUUAUUUUGUCUUAGUUAUUGUUUCAAAAGAAUUAUUUCUUUCAUUGUAAAUUUUGACAAUAGGAUUUGUUUCAUGUAUUUUGCAUUGGAAGUCAAAAUAUAUACAACAUACUGUAUGUAAGUUAUGUUACGUAAAAUAUAUAAGUGUUACUAAUA